GCUCUGAGCGGGAAUUCGCCCCCUGUGCUUGUAAUAUCCGUUUGGGAGCUGCUCUUUCCUGGCCAGGCCGCAGCAUUGGGCUGCUCUCCUGGUUGGUCCUCCUGUGUCCUCUCCGGGGGUUCAGCUUGCCAGUCUCAGAAUGAAGACCAUUCUCAGCAAUCAAACUGUCGACAUUCCGGAAAAUGUCGACAUCACUCUCAAGGGACGUACCGUUAUUGUGAAGGGACCCAGAGGAACCCUGCGAAGGGACUUCAAUCACAUCAAUGUAGAACUCAGUCUUCUUGGAAAGAAAAAGAAGAGGCUCCGUGUUGACAAAUGGUGGGGAAAUAGAAAAGAACUGGCUACUGUCCGUACUAUCUGUAGUCAUGUACAGAACAUGAUCAAGGGUGUUACAUUGGGCUUCCGUUACAAGAUGAGGUCUGUGUAUGCCCACUUCCCCAUCAACGUUGUUAUUCAGGAGAAUGGCUCUCUUGUUGAAAUCCGAAAUUUCUUGGGUGAGAAAUACAUUCGCAGGGUUCGGAUGAGGCCAGGUGUUGCUUGUUCCGUAUCUCAAGCCCAGAAAGAUGAGUUAAUUCUUGAAGGAAAUGACAUUGAACUUGUAUCAAACUCAGCUGCUUUGAUUCAGCAAGCCACAACAGUUAAAAACAAGGAUAUCAGGAAAUUUUUGGACGGUAUCUAUGUUUCUGAAAAAGGAACUGUUCAGCAGGCUGAUGAAUAAAACCUACGAUUUUUUUCAUUUCUUUUUACAGUUGUCCAGCUACAGAAACAGCAAGAGGCCGGAUGAUUUUUCAGACUUACUUGUGAUACUUUAAAGAUGCAAUAAAACUGUACUGAUUUGGGGCUUUUUCUUUUUUUCCUUCUUAAUUUUUUUUAAUGUUUAUUUUUUAUUUUUGAGAGAGACAGUGCGUGAGCAGGGGGAGGGGCAGAGAGACAGAGGCACAGAAUCUGAAGCAGGCUCCAGGCUCUGAGCUGUCAGCACAGAACUUGACAUGGGGCUCGAACUCCAGAGCUGUGAGAUCAUGACCUGAGCAGAAGUCAGGCACUUAACCAACUGAGCCCCCCUGUCCACCCCUAUUUGGGCUUUUUCUUAAACCGACAAUCCUUUUCUACUAUUUGGCAAUUAAACCAUCCAGAAGUAA